ACAGGGUGUGGUUUAGGUAGCUUGGCAUAGCUUCGUUUAGCAGUUGAGACGGAAGCAGUGUAACGGCGGACAGCUCUCGGCCUUAUAAAUUAUUUUGGACUCGCGUCUUGUCUAUCUUCGUGAUAAGUGAUAACAUAGAGAGUUUCAUAGUAAACAAGACGAAUCCUCAGUCGCUCAAAAUGAAGGUGUUUCUUCUUGUCGUCUUCGUCGGCCUUGCCAGUGGUGCUUAUGCCUACCCCGCCAGGGAAGUGGAGGAGCGCAGCCUGGAUGACUUGAAGGCAGAACUGAUCCGUACUUUGGAGGAAAGGUAUCCCCAGCGUGAUGUUGAUUACAUCGCUCCGUAUUUCACAUUUUGCCCGGCUGAUAUCACUGUGAGUGCGCCACCUGGUUCCGACUCGGCCCAGGUAUCCUGGGAGGAUGCCAUCGUCACUGACAACUCUGGCGUACAACCCAAGGUGGAAAUGUCGCCGCCCAACCCAAACCCAUUCAGCGUCGGGCAGCAUUUGGUCAGCUAUAGAGCGACUGAUGGGGCUGGCAACGUGUCCUCGUGUGUUUUCGUUGUCACGGUUGUGAAAGCGGGAAAGCGCAGUCUGGAUGACUUGAAGGCAGAUCUGAUUCGUGCUUUAGAGGAAAGACUCACCGAAGCUAAUUAAACGUGAUACAGAGUUGGAACAAGGACAACUCCUACACGUAUAACCACACUGAUGCAUGGAUGGCGUCAUUGAAGACUACAGUAACCCACCACGACUUCUGAGCAAUAACACUUUAUGAUAAUAGGGUUUUGGGCUUAACUACUAACACUUUUAAAUUUGAUUUCUGCGUGUUACUGAAGAUCGUAUUGACCAUUCAUGCCGCUAUAACAUUUUAUAUUCACCCCAUUGAAGCGACACUAUGUCCUGAAAAACGCCCUAUUGGGCUACAAAACGCAUUUUAAACGUAAAAAGCCAUUUAAAUGGAAAGAGAAUUUAAAAGCAAGAUAUAAGCGGCCACACAAUUACAACCAUCCUUUAGUUUGUGUUAUUCUUGUGAGAACGAAUUUCGGGUGGACAUUUUGACUCAGAAAUCGCAUUCACAGCCGACAUGCUGCCGACAUGCGAGAAAACAUUUGUGUACGUCAGAGACAACCCCCCCCCCGGAUUUUUCGUCUUUUCUAUCUCAAGAACAGUGCGACAAUAAUAAUUUCCUCUCAACCGGAAGGUUUUGAAAUAGGAUAAGUAAACAUCUUAAACAUACAAAUCUCGGCAAUUAUCAGGACAAUGGGAGCCUUCAAAUAAGUUUGCCUUCAGUGUAUUCAAUUUUAUUCUUCAACAAAAACAUUUUACCGCAAUUAAGAAACUUCAACUAACUUUUGAUCUUAAUUCAGUUAUAGAAAAUAGGGCCGGUGCGAUAUGGAAUAGUGAUAUACUGAUGACAAUUUGGUUCUAUACAUUUCAGUUGUAUGCAUCUGCUCCUAAUACAUUUGCUAACGAGUUAAAACUAAAAGCCAUUUUCGUAAUGAAUAAUUGAAAUAACUAAGAAGAAACAGUACUAAUCCAGUGUGUACUGAAUUCAGAUUAAAUAUUUUCCUGGUGCAUGAUUGUCAGUACGCUGUUUCCUUUUUAUAAUAAAAGAGAGAUACUGAAAAUUGCUA